AAGAGGUUUUUGUCAACUGAAGUGGAGCGUCGGUUUCUGUACUGAAAUUAGAGUUUUUGCUUCGGUGGAACAAGAGUUAUUACAAAGACAAGUUAAAAUUCCGACAACGGGAGGGAAUUUUCCAGGCAAUAAAAUUAGGGGUUUUAGGAGGAAAGGUGGGAGCUUGGAAAAGAGAUGGAAUUAUUAGGGGAGUGCAAUCUAGGGAUCCUAGAAACUCUGUCGGAGGAUGCGAUUGAGGAAAUAACAGAAAGCUACGGUGGGUUUUUCACUACAGUGGAGGCUCUCAUUGGCGGAGAUUCGUCAGUGGAGCAGGAGUUGGUGUCUCAUGUUUCAACUCUCUGCAAGUACGGCCUUGCUUCUCUUGUUCGUGACCACUUUCUCUCUUCUCUCCAGGAAGCUUUUGACAAGGGCGGUGCAUCCACUUUUUGGCUUCAUUUUGAUGAUUUUCGCCAUAAGCAACAUACUGAUUACGGAGAAGAGAUUCACGAAGCGCUGUGCGGGGCUUUGGAAGAAAUUACUAUAGAGAAGCAGUUUCAUGACAAGUGUCUCUCCAUACUCUUUCACGCCUUGCAUUCCUUUCAACAACAGUCUUCAGAGGCAACAAUAAUGCACAACUCAGAUUCCGAAAGAGUUGAGCUUUUUUCCACAUUCCGCUCAAUGUUGUCUUCUACUUUGAUGACUACUCUUCCUCCUCAUUUUCCUGAAAUACUGCACUGGUAUUUUAAGGAAAAGCUGGAGGAGCUAAGCGCAAUCAUGAAUGAAGACGACACCCAACAGCUCGAGAGCGAUGGUAUGGAUUUGGACGAUAAGCUCAGAUCUAAAAAUGGAGAAAUGGACGUUGAUGAAGGCUUCUCAAGACAUGACGAGUUGGUGAAGAACAUUGGGAAGGUGGUCCGUGACCUUCGAAGCAUUGGUUUCACUUCUAUGGCUGAAAACGCCUAUGCUUCCGCUAUCUUCUUGCUUCUCAAGGCGAAAGUGCAUGAUCUGGCUGGUGAUGAUUACAGGACUUCUGUUUUGGGAUCAAUCAAACAAUGGAUUCAGACAGUCCCUCUUCAGUUCCUUAAUGCGCUCCUUUCUUUUCUUGGUGAUUCCGUAAGAUACGACACCACACCCUCUGGCCUCACGUCCCCUCUGGCUUGCUGUCCAUCUCCAAGCUUUUCCAAAGUGGUGACUCCUUCUGAAGGCAUUGUUAGGUGGAAAUUACGCCUUGAAUAUUUUGCCUAUGAGACACUUCAAGAUUUAAGAAUAGCCAAACUUUUUGAGAUCAUCGUCGAUUAUCCUGAGAGUUCUCCUGCAAUUGAAGACUUAAAACAGUGUCUCGAAUACACUGGACAGCAUUCGAAGCUAGUCGAAUCUUUUAUUUCUUCGCUGAAGUAUCGUUUGCUCACUGCGGGUGCCUCGACCAAUGAUAUACUGCAUCAGUACGUGUCGACCAUUAAAGCCCUCAGAGCAAUAGACCCAGCUGGUGUGUUUCUGGAAGCAGUGGGUGAACCAAUCAGAGACUAUCUACGUGGACGGAAAGAUACCAUUAAAUGUGUAGUCACUAUGCUUACCGAUGGAAGCGGAGGGAACGCAAAUGGUUCCGGAAACCCUGGGGAUAGUCUUCUUGAGGAGCUGAUGAGGGAUGAAGAGAGUCAAGAGAAUGUUGGUUUUGAUGAUGAUUUCCACACUGAUGAUAAGCAAGCCUGGAUCAAUGCUUCUCGUUGGGAACCGGACCCUGUGGAGGCAGAUCCUCUAAAAGGUAGCCUGAGUCAGAGGAAGGUAGACAUACUGGGAAUGCUUGUUGAUAUAAUUGGAUCUAAAGAGCAACUAGUUAAUGAAUAUCGUGUUAUGCUCGCUGAGAAGCUUCUCAACAAGACUGAUUAUGACAUCGACACUGAGAUACGCACCGUCGAGCUUCUCAAGAUACAUUUUGGAGAAGGCAGUAUGCAAAGAUGUGAGAUAAUGCUGAACGACUUGAUUGAUUCUAAGAGAGUGAACACUAACAUUAAAAAGGCAUCUCAAACUGGCACUGAGUUAGGAGAGAGUGAGUUGUCUGUUGAUAUUCUUACCUCGACGAUACUUUCAACAAACUUCUGGCCACCAAUUCAGGAGGAGCCUCUGGUGUUACCUGGACCUGUUGACAAGCUGCUGUCAGAUUAUGCCAGUCGAUAUCAUGAGAUCAAGACCCCUCGUAAACUACUCUGGAAGAAAAAUCUUGGCACUGUCAAGUUGGAGUUGGAAUUUGAAGACAGAGCUAUGCAGUUUACAGUCUCACCCACACAUGCAGCCAUUAUCAUGCAGUUUCAAGAAAAGAAAAGUUGGAACUCGAUAGAUCUGGGUGCAGCCACGGGGAUACCAAUUGAUGUAUUAAACAGAAGAGUAAACUUGUGGAUAAGCAAGGGAGUUUUGAGAGAAACAAGAGGAAGAGAGCCAAAUGGGAACGUGUACACGCUAGUUGAGUCCAUGACUGAUUCGGGGAAAAACGAAAGUGAGGAGCUUUUAGGAGGUGAUGAAGAGAGUGAAAGAUCAAUCGCAUCUGUGGAAGACCAGCUUCGCAAAGAAAUGACAAUAUACGAGAAAUUCAUCAUGGGAAUGCUCACAAAUUUUGGAAGCAUGGCACUAGAGCGAAUCCAUAACACUCUAAAGAUGUUCUGUGUAGCGGAUCCAUCGUACGACAAGUCACUGCAACAGCUACAGAGCUUUCUGUCAGGGUUGGUAUCUGAAGAGAAACUUGAGUUUCGAGAUGGAAUGUAUUUGCUAAAGAAGUAGUUUGAACGCACGCUUGGACAUUGAACAUCAUUUUAGCUCCUCCACCUCCUAACCCAAUCGAUGAAUGAAAACUGAAUCAGCUGUUAAGUUUGAAUCUCAUUUUGUUCCCUUUGAUCCUCCUACCAUCUUUCUUUUUUUGAUGUCUGUAAUUUUGAAUUGAAGGCAUUAAUUAAUCCCAGAGAUUUUGUA